AUGCCCCAGCCACCUUGGUGGGUCCUGCAGGUGCAGCCUCACAUGGAGGAGCUGACAGAGCUGUACCGGGAGCUGAGCCAGCACCCAGGGCUCAGUGCCGCCUGCCUCGGCCCUGACCUCACCACCCAGUACGGGGGCAAGUACUGCAGCCUCUACACUGAGUGGUCACAGCGGGACCUGGCAAGGGGCGAGAGCACCAAAUUCUGCCGCCAGUACCUCAUCUUCCAUGAUGGAUCCUCCAUCGUGUACUCAGGGCCUGCUGGCACCUGCUCUGAGAUCAAGGGCGAGCUGCUGAGCCGUGAGUCCCCCAGCGGGAUGCUGAAGGCUGUUCUGCGUGAGGUGCCCAGCAAGGAGAAAGAGAAGAAGCAGUUCCUGGAGGUCUGGGAUCAGAACCACAAGGUGAAGAGCAUCGACCUGACAGCCCUGGACAAGCAUGGCAGCAUCUAUGAUGAUGACCAGUUUGGGUGCCUCGCCUGGUCACACUCAGAGACCCACCUGCUCUAUGUGGCGGAAAAAAAGCGUCCCAAGGCUGAGUCCUUCUUCCAGAGCAGAGCCCCCGAGCUGGGCACCUCUGACGAGGACGUGGGGCACCCCAAGAAGAAGGAUCUGCCCCUCAAGGGUGAGCAGUUUGUGUACCAUGAGGACUGGGGGGAGACGCUGAGCACCCGCAGCACGCCUGUCCUUUGCAUCUUGGACAUCGAGGGCAGCAGCAUCUCAGUGCUGGAGGGCAUCCCAGAGCACCUCUCUCCUGGCCAGGCUUUCUGGUCCCCCAAGGAUACUGGUGUGGUGUUUGUGGGCUGGUGGCAUGAGCCCAGCACCCCCGUGACACCCCUCUGUCCCGGCAGGUCAGCACUCUUCUAUGUGGACCUCAUGGGCGGGAGAUGCGAGCUGCUCUCUGAGGACACCAGGGCCGUGUGGUCCCCACGGCUCAGCCCCGACGGUUGCCGCAUUGUCUACCUGGAGAAUGACAUCCUGGGCCCCCACCAGCAGUGCAGCCGCCUCCGCAUGUACGAUUGGUACACCAAAUACACCAGCACGGUGCUGGAGACCGUGCUGCGGCAGUCAUGGGGCACCUUCCCUGGCAUCUACUGCAGUGCACUGCCAGGGCUAUGCUGGGCAGCUGACAGCCGCAGGAUCCUGCUGGACACGGCCCAGCGCAGCCAGCAGGACGUGUUUGUGGUGGACACAGCGACAGGUGACACAACAUCACUGACAGCCAAUGCCCCCCAGGGAAGCUGGUCUGUCCUUACCAUUGACCGGGACAUCUUGGUGGCCAGGUUCUCCACCCCUAGCUGCCCCCCGACAUUGAAAGUGGCAAUCCUGCCGAACGCUGGCCAUGAGGCACAGGCACAGUGGGUCUGUCUGCAGGACACACUCCCCGUGCCCGGCAUCAGCUGGGGCAUCCGCACCUUGCAGCCCCCACCAGAACAGGAGAACCCCCAGUAUGGGGGCCUGGAUUUUGAUGCCAUCCUGCUGCGCCCAAGCGAGGGUCCUGCUGUCCAGAAGCCCCCCCUGAUAGUGAUGCCCCAUGGGGGUCCCCACUCUGUCUUCACGGCUGGGUGGAUGCUGUACCCAGCGGCACUGUGCCGCCUCGGCUUUGCUGUGCUGCUGGUGAAUUACCGUGGUUCGCUGGGCUUCGGCCAGGACAGUGUGGCCUCCCUGCCAGGCAAUGUAGGCACACAGGACGUGCACGACAUGCAGUUCUGUGUGGAGCGGGUGCUGCAGGAGGAGACCCUGGAUGCCAGCCGGGUGGCACUGGUGGGCGGCUCACACGGGGGCUUCCUGGCAUGCCACCUAAUCGGACAGUUCCCUGACACCUACCGUGCCUGCGUGGUCCGCAACCCUGUGGUGAACAUUGCCUCCAUGGUGUCCACCACCGACAUCCCUGACUGGUGCCUGACGGAGACUGGGCUGCCCUACUCACCUGUUGCCCUACCAGACCCAGCCCAGUGGACGGAGAUGCUGCACAAGUCACCCAUGCGCUAUGUCAACCAGGUCCGUGCACCCGUGCUGCUGAUGCUGGGGGAAGACGACCGGCGUGUGCCCCCCAAGCAGGGGCUGGAGUAUUACCGUGCCCUCAAGGCCUUGGGGGUACCCACACG